AUGCCAGUUUGUGGAGGAACCGCGAAACCAGGGGAUGGUGCAUGUGGAAAAACUUCAUUGUUAAACGUGUUCACACGGGGCUACUUUCCCCAAGUAUAUGAACCCACAGUCUUUGAAAAUUAUGUUCAUGAUAUUUUUGUUGAUGGCCAGGCCAUGCAAUUAUCGUUAUGGGAUACUGCAGGUCAGGAAGAGUUUGAUCGCUUACGUUCGCUAUCUUAUUCAGAUACUCAUACAAUUAUGUUAUGCUUCAGUGUAGACUCGCGGGAUUCUUUAGAAAAUGUUCAAACCAAGUGGGUUUCUGAAAUUGUGGAUCACUGUGAAGGUGUAAAACUUGUUCUAGUGGCCUUGAAGUGCGACUUACGAUCUUUAGAAGAUUCAACUGGUAGCAAUUCUUCAACACAGGGUACUGGUUCAAAUACCCAGGCAAAAAUAUCUAAUAAUGCUGAUAAUUCAGGGGAAAAUGUCACAAAUGAUGGUUCAGGAAAGAGUAGUACAGGAAAUUUGAAUAAAGCAAAACCCCCACCAAAAAAACUUAUAACUUAUGAAGAGGGCCUUGAAGUGGCGAAAAAGAUUGGCGCCUUACGGUAUUUGGAAUGUUCGGCGAAAAAAAAUAGAGGUGUGAACGAGGCAUUCACAGAAGCUGCACGAUGUGCUCUUAGUGCAAAGCCCAAAGGUGCUCAUGAAGAAGAAGAAAAAUCGGGGUGCUCUGUUAUGUGA